UAAAGAUGUUUUUAUAUGUGUUUUAAAGGAUAUGUUGGAGGCUCUUUUUAUCAUCACACUGGGGCUGCUGUAGAGCCACUCUGUCUACCAAAGGACCCAGAGUGGGGCAGGUACUCAGAUCGAACAGUAGACAACGCGAGAGGAUUUGUUUACGGAGCUGAGUAUGAACAUACUGGGGUCUUUCGCCUUAACCUCCACAACAAUGAUGUGCCGUGUGCUGUAUGCGAAACCCAUGAUCACGAGUCAGUCGUUAUUAUACCAGCGAGAAAGUCCUGUUACGCUGGGUGGAAAAAGGAGUAUUCUGGGUAUUUGAUGAGCGGGAAAUUUGAUCACAGAGCCGCCACCACCUACUCUUGUCUUGAUGAAAAAUCACAGCCUCUACAUGGGGGGUUUGAAAACAAAGAUGGCUACCUAUUUUAUCCGGUAGAAUCUCGAUGUAAACACGGCAGCUUAAGGUGUCCUCCAUACUAUCAAGGGAGGGAACUUACCUGUGUCGUUUGUUCUAAGGACUGAGACAGUCGCUCAUUAUAAAAAUAAAAACAUACUGCAUAAUUUGA